UGAGCUGGAAGACUGCUGAGAGAGUCCAGUCAUGGAGCUGCGGGCCUGCUGCGUGUGCGUGUGCCUGCUGGCGGCUGCCGCCGUGGCUGUCCCCGCUCAGGAGAAGCGCGUCCACCACCAGGCUGACCUGAGUGACCACGUCCACGACGACGCCCACGGCUACCAGUACGACCACGAAGCUUUUCUGGGAAAGGAGGAGGCCAAGACGUUUGACCAGCUGAGCCCGGAGGAGAGCAAAGACAGGCUGGCUAAGAUCGUGGAGCGCAUCGACACGGAUAAGGACGGCUUCGUGAGCCACGCCGAGCUGCACCACUGGAUCAAACACCGGCAGAGGAGCUACAUCCAGGAGAACGUGGACAAGCACUGGAAGGACUACGACAAGAACCGGGACCAGCAGAUCGCCUGGGACGAGUACAAGAACACCACCUACGGCUACUACCUGGCCGAGGAGUUCGAGGACGUGGAGGACAAGGCCACCUACAGGUCCAUGCUGCGGCGGGACCAGAGGCGCUUCAGGGCCGCUGACCGCGACGGAGACGGGCUGGCCACGCGCCAGGAGUUCACCGCCUUCCUGCACCCCGAGGAGUUCGACCACAUGACGGAUGUGGUGGUGCAGGAAACUGUGGAAGACAUCGAUAAGGACGGCGAUGGGAAGAUCAAUGUGGAUGAAUACAUCGGGGACAUGUUCACACCGGAGGAGGGGGAGAGCGAGCCGGACUGGGUCCAAACCGAGAGGAAGCAUUUCUUAGAGUUCAGAGACACCAACAAGGACGGCACCCUGGACGCUGGUGAAGUGGCCCACUGGAUUCUACCGGGAGAGGUCGACCAUGCCGACAACGAGGCCAAACACCUGAUCCACGAGACGGACAGCGAUAAGGACGGGAAAAUCACCAAGAAGGAGAUUCUGGCCAACUGGAACAUGUUUGUGGGCAGUCAGGCCACCAAUUACGGGGAAGAUUUAACGAGGAGACACGAGGAGCUCUGAUGAGGUGGCGUGUGACCAGAGAAGCUUGCUGGGUUUCCUUCUGCUGUUCUGGACUGUGGGGUCAUGGGCUGAGCUGCGGCUAAAGCGGUGUCCGGCUCUCUGAGGAGCGGGCAUACGCUCGCUCCGGCAGUUCCAACCGUGUCACGCACGGCUCUGGAAGCACAGCUCACACGGGAACGCUCUCCUCGAUUCUGACUUUUAGAUUUACAUAACCACAAACAAAGGCAGGGAGGUCCUAAAGUACCACAAUUCAGGACUAAUUCAUUUGAGGUCAUCCAACUUGCACUGAUGCGUUAUCUUUACGUAGUGAACCAUGUCAACCCUCAGCCUGUCAAAGGGAAGUCACACAAAGGGAAACAGGGGCAGUUUGUGAGGAAAGGGCUCUGCUACUUUUCGUGGUUUUAUUAUUAAAGUUUUGUUUUUCUAACAAUGUAUUGUGAGGCUGGUCAUUUCCUUCUGACUGUUGAACUGGGACUUUAUAUUCUUUCUGCAGGGCAGUCUGAGCUGGACACCAGCUGAUGUGCAUCCUCCUUCUCAACCUAUUGACACUGUGGAUUGCUUUAGGGGAGGCUUGUACAGCUAGAAGCGGAACUGUUCUGCGUUACUAAUAAGACACAAGUUUGACUUACAAUCUAAACUCUCUAAGUUUUACUGUAAGAAUUUGAACCUAAUGUCCAUUUACCUUCAUAUUAUAGAAA